AUGAAAAAUUUAAAAUUAAUAUUUUUUUUGAGUAUAUCCAGUGUGUUGGGUAAUCUUGAAAAUAGAAUAAUAAAAGGAAUAAAAGCUAAAGAAGGUGAGCUUCCAAGCUCAGUUGCAAUAUACAUGAACGGAAAUCUAAAAUGUGGUGGUACCAUAAUUGAUGAAAUUCACAUUAUUACAGCAGCUCAUUGUUGUCAACAAUUAUCACCAAAAGAAUUGACUGUCUUAACUGGUGCAAAUGAUUUAUCAUCCUGGUUACCAAAAUCAUAUGGCGUCAGUCAAAUUUAUAUUCAUGAAGACUACAUUAACAGUGGAUCAUUUGAAAAUGACAUUGCAAUAUUAAGUUUGAGUGAAAAUAUUUAUUUCAAUUCAGUAACAAAAGCUAUUAAAUUACCAACUCAAGAAACUCCAGAAAAUACUAAUUUAACUUUAAGUGGCUGGGGAAAAACUAAAGAUUCAAAUGGUAAAAAUGAUCUACCAACAGAUUUGAUGAAAUUGGAAACAAAAAUAAUUAGUAAUUCGUUGUGUAAAAAAUGGCUAUUGCGUGAAAUUAAUGACAGUCAAAUUUGUACAUUUAUAUCAAAUGGACAAGGUGCAUGUACUGGUGAUAGCGGUGGUGGACUGGUUGAUGGUAACACCUUGGUUGGAGUUGCCUCAUGGAUAGCUGGAAAAAAAGGAUGUGCAACUGGUUAUCCUGAUGUUUUUACACGUGUAUAUUCAUUUGUUCCAUGGAUAACGAAAAUACUGAACAAUUAAUUAUCAUACAUAAAUUUACAUGCAAAUUGAAUUUCAUAUUUUUAUAAAUUGAUUACUCAACAUUGGCUUGUUUCUAACAUGACAAUACUGUGUUAACAAAAAGAGUCAUAAAAAAA